CUUCACCUCCGCUCAACGAUCAUGCAAGCGAACUCGGGCUUACUUGUGCGUGGGUUACUACUUCUGGCCUUUGUAGCGCUAGACAUGGCGACGACAGCAUCGCUGAUGCCUCCGGUGCUUGAGAAGCGCCCAAAGAAUGUACCCUUUGGCAAAGUCCCCGGCGAGAACCGCGGCGAGCAGCCGAUGGAACCGACCAUCUACCUCGAAGAUCCGUACUAUUACGUCCGCGACGACAAUCGCUCCAACACGGAAAUCUUGGACCACUUGAGGGCUGAAAACGCCUACACGAAGGCGGCGUUGAGCCACUUGGACGGUCUGCAGGAUGAGUUGUACAAGGAGUUGCUCAGCCACGAGCCGGAAACCGACCAGACGGCGCCGUCCCCCCGUGGCGACUUUUUGUACUACUCGGGUACGGAAGAAGGCAAGGCGUACCGCAUCUACUACCGCAAGCCUCGCUAUGAUGACGGCGCCGAGGAAAUCUUGCUUGACGUCAACAAAUUGGCGGAAGGCCACACGCAAUUCAGGGUCGAAAAGGUCAAAGUGAGUCCUGACCACAAGUUGCUCGCGUACUCGGUGGACUUAACGGGCUUCGAAGCGUACGACGUUUUUAUCAAGGAUCUGACCACCAACACCACGACCAAGGCUGUGGAAGGGUGCGAUGGCACGAUCGAGUGGGGUCGGGACGCUGAGACGCUGUUUUAUGUGACGCCGGACGCCACCCGCCGCAGACACAAGGUGUGGUCGCAUCUGGUGGGCGCGCCGCAGUCGGCUGACACGACUCUGUUCACCGAGGACGACGGAUUGUUCCAGGUCUCCUUCCUCAAAAGCAGCUCUGGCCGGUUCCUUGUCAUUGAUACCUUCUCCGCAGAGACCAGCGAAGGGCACGUGCUCGAUUUGCACGACCCCCAAUCGUCCUUGGCUGUCGUCGCGCCACGAGUUCAGUUGGGCCAAACAGCUGAGUUAAAGUACGAUGGUCGUUGA